AUGUCUGAAGAGCCACAGACUCCUAGAAAACGCAGAAGUGCUGCAUUCAAGGGCAAUUAUGCGGAUAUUGCCGGCGGAGGAGGUGAUGUGGCUGAUAAUGAAGAAGAUUUCGAUGUGGCCAUGAACGGAGAUGGAGAUGACGAUAAUGAGGAUGAUAAUGACAACGAAGCCGAUGAAGAAGAUGAGGAUGAUUUAGAUGUCAAAAGAACGCCGUCUAAGGUGGCUAGAACAGGUUCUAGAACUACUCCUAGAAAAAAGAAUGUUAAAAAAGCCAGUAGCAACGGCAGUAGAGGGGUGAGUACCCCACGGUCAACAGCUCCUUUAUUCCCUAGAACAAAUACUGAUUUGGACCGAAGUGCUAGAAAAAGAGCUACUCGACUACUGAUGGAUCGAUUAUUGCUUUCUGAGAAUAUGGAUGAUGAGGAUAUACUGGAUGCAGAUGACCAGAAGAUUGCUGAAAAGAUCAUUCGAGAGUCGAGAGGAGAGACAAUUACACCGUCGGUCAGCCCGAGUAAAACGAUCAAUAGAACCGACAGUAAAGACGACCGAUUUGAAAUACCUCUAACUUUUGAUGCUGACGACGAAGAAGCAGGCAGAGGUCCUCAAACUGCGUUGUUUAUUGAAGGACCAGAAGGAUAUUUUGACCAGCAUAAACUACGAGAGAAGAUCUCGACCACACCAUUUUCGCGAGCUCCUCGAAUAGAGUACCAAGAAUUUGUUGACUCAGUAAGAGAGUCUACAGCUAUUCACGAGGAUGCUCGCGCAUAUUUGAGCACGCUGUAUCGGGCUAUGUUCCCACAAUGGCGGUUCGAGCUCAUGCAAAACUUUAGCAUUCUAUUCUACGGAGUCGGGUCCAAACGAAAUCUCAUCAUGGACUUUGUAUGCACUUCAAUUGAUCCAGAAAUCCCUGUAUUAGUAGCAAACGGAUAUAAUCCAGCUACCACAUUAAAAGAAAUCCUCAAUACGGCCGUGACUGUGCUAGUGAAAGACGAGGCUAUCCGGUCGUCGUUUCCCAGACAGCCUACUGAAUUAGUAGAGGCUUUGCUGACACAUCUCGCGAAACCCGAGACUGACCAGUCUAACCAGCUGCUGAUAGUAGUGCAUAAUUUGGAUGGAGAGGCACUGCGAGCCGAUAGGUGGCAGGCCAUUCUAGCAAGACUAGUGUCUGCUAAACAGAUCAGUCUUGUUGCAUCUGUCGACCAUAUUCACGCACCCAUCCUAUUCGAUGCUGCUAGACUGUCGCAGUAUAAUUUCCUCUGGCACGAUUUGACGACGUUCGAGCUAUACCUUACCGAGACUUCAUUUGAGGAUCCACUGGCCCUUGGAAGCGACCGUUCGGCCGUCAGUUCCAAGGGAGCCAAAUUCGUGCUUUCCAGUCUUACCAACAACGCCCGCAGACUCUAUCAAGAACUCAUUUGUUAUCAGAUUGCUGUUAUGAGUGAAGUACUAGCACCGGACGAUGUGAACACAUCGGGAACUGCCCAACAUGGUAUCGAAUUCAAGGAGCUAUACAAACAGUGUGCCGAACAGCUCAUCGUGUCCAACGAACUCAAUUUCCGAACCAUGCUAAGUGAGUUCUUUGACCACAAAAUGGCUGCCAGAACAAAAGACCAGACCGGCCAAGAAAUCAUCUAUGUGCCUUUCACGAAAGACGCUAUAGAGGGCAUCCUGGAGGAGCUCGUCGUGUAA